CGUGAGUAAUACGCACGGCGGUGCAUCUUAGUCUCUUGUUCCUUCGUUACACCAGUAUUCUUCUUCUUCCCGGUUUCUUCUUCUACAAUUCAAUCAUCCCAAGAGUUCUCUUCUCGGAUCAGCCUCUCCGAAUCGGAAAGAAGAUCUGCCCACGAUAAAAAAUGUAUUUUGAUGGAUAUGGCUAUCACGGGACAUCAUUUGAGCAGACAUAUCGAUGUUACCCUGCAUCAUUCAUUGAAAAGCCACAAAUUGAAAGUGGUGAUAAAAUUAUAAUGCCUCCCUCAGCCCUUGAUCGACUAGCAUCUCUACAUAUUGAUUAUCCAAUGUUGUUUGAGCUUCGGAAUGAGGCGACCGAUAGAUUCUCUCAUUGUGGGGUGCUGGAGUUCAUUGCAGAAGAAGGCAUGAUCUAUAUGCCAUACUGGAUGAUGGAGAACCUGCUCUUGCAAGAGGGAGAUAUUGUUCGAGUUAAAAAUGUGACCCUUCCGAAGGGAAAGUAUGUCAAACUGCAACCUCAUACAAAGGACUUCUUGGAUAUAUCUAACCCCAAAGCUAUCUUGGAGACAACCCUGAGGAAUUAUUCCUGCUUGACCACUGGGGAUAGUAUAAUGGUGGCAUACAACAAUAAGAAGUAUUAUAUUGAUAUCAUAGAAACCAAGCCUUCAAAUGCCAUAAGUAUCAUUGAGACUGACUGUGAGGUGGACUUUGCACCUCCGCUGGAUUACAAGGAGCCUGAAAAGCCUGUUGCACCUGUUUCAUCUGGCAAGGGAACAGCACAAGUUCAUGAGGUUCCUGCUGAGGCAGAACCAAAAUUUAGCCCUUUUACUGGAUCGGGAAGACGCUUGGAUGGGAAACCUAUGAAUUACCAGCCUCCACCAGUCCCUUCCUUGGGGUCCAAAGACAAAGUGCAAAGCCACCAGUCUGCAGGGUCGAGCUCACAAAGCUCUGCACGCCAGUCGCAGGGAAAGCUUGUAUUUGGGUCAAAUGUAAGCCGUGUUCCUAAGGCGACUGAAAAGGAGGCUGGAAAAGAGGCAAAACAAGAGGAACCCCAAAAGAAAGAAGAGCCUAAAUUCCAGGCUUUUACUGGGAAAAAAUACUCAUUGAGGGGUUGAUUGUUAUGCUGACUAUCGAUACAUUGUUCUACUUGCUUGUCGUACUUUUGCGGCAGGUGAACGAUAGGAUUCGAUGGUACCCUAUGAUGAUGUAUCAUUCAAAAAAUAGAACAGUAAGUUAUCAUUGCAUAAUGGAGGAAAAGGAGUAGAUGAUAUAACUUAAUUUCAUUUGAUUGUGAAGCUUCAGUAGAUUAAUGCACAGAGGCACUUGUGCCUUCGAUCAGA